AUGUCAGAUGCAGAGGAAAACCCACUAGAAGAAACAGAAGAAUACGGAGAAAUAGAAAUGCAAGAAGAAGAUGAAGAAGAAGAAGAAGAUCCAAAUUUUGAAGGGCUAGAAAAUAUGCAAGGGGAAUUAAAAGAAGUUAACACAUUAGCAUGGACAGCGUCUCCAGAGGAGGAGGAGGGAGAAGAAGGGAGGGAGUUUGGGGAGGAGGCGGAAGCAGAGGAUGGGGAGGAAGGAGAGGUGGAGAGAAGAGAAGAGGAAGAGGAGGACAGGGAAGGGAAGGAGGAGGGAGAGGAAGAAGAGGAGGAAGAAGGGGAAGGGGAGAAGAGAGUGGAGGAGCAUGAGGAAGAGGGAGGGAAGGGAGAGGAAGUGGUGGAAGGAUUUGGGAAAGAGGCUGUCAAAGAAGAAGUAGGGGAAGAGACUGCAGAAGCACUGGAGGAGGAAGAGGAGGCCUCAGGAGCACAGGAAGAAACCUCUGGAGAGCCCGAAGAAAUCACCACGUCCAUGAUCAGUUUGGAGAGAUUUACACAGACUGAUUCCCAGACAAUCUUCUCAGAAACAUCCCUAAAAAGUAGCGAGUCAAAGCAUUCAUUACAAUCAGAUCUUUUGGAAAUGUUCGAGCUUCCAAGAAGCCCUAGCUCACAAUUAGAGUUUCUGGAUUUGGAUGUAACCACUUCUGGGGAACCACUGAUUAGUUUCCCGGAAAGGCAGCCUUCAGGCGAGCUCUACCAGAGGCCCCAAGAUGAAUUGGAAGAAGAAGAAGGGAGAGACUUGGAACCAGAAAGGGGAGACUUGGAGCAGGAAAACAGGGAAAGGAGAAAAGAAAUGAGAGUAUCAUAUACCAGCGAGAAAAGCGAAAAAGAAUCACAGCCCAAAGCAAGGAUCACCAAGGCAUCGCUGGUCUCCACCGCCACUGAGGACAUUUUGUUCCAAAGGAGGGAGAGUACCAACUUGUAUCCCUUGACCAUGACCUGGUCAUUCGGGUGGAACAGUUCCCUUCCUGUUUACUACAUUCGAGAAAACCAGAGAGUCCUUCUCUACGCCAGUGGUCACACUGGGGUCAUCUACAACGUCCUCAAGAACAACCAGCACCAUCUUCAGGGCCACCCCAACAACAUUUCCUGCCUCUGCAUCAGUGAAGACAGGCGCUGGGUCGCCACGGCUGACAAAGGGCCCGGCUGCCUGAUCAUCAUAUGGGACUCUUUUACAGGCAUUCCUGUGCACACGAUAUUCGAUAGCUGCCCAGAAGAUAACGGCAUCAGGGCCAUGGCCAUCACUCACGACGCUAAGUAUCUGGCAACCAUCUCAGAUGCUGAAAUCCAGAAAGUUUGCAUCUGGAAGUGGACGUUAGCGGUAGAAACGCCAGCAUGCACUCUUGACCUCCCCAAGGAAUAUGGUUUUCAGAACUACCUAAUUUUUAAUCCAACAAAUAAUAAAGAAUUGGUGAGCAAUAGUAAAACACAAGCAAUAUAUUAUACGUGGUAUCCAGAGGGAGGCAUACUUGUUCACAGUGCCCCGCUUUUAACAGAAAAAACAUUCAACAAGCUCGUGGGAAAAUUUAGCCAGUCUAUCUUUCACUUGAAUUUAACCCAAAUACUGUCCGCGACGAUGGAAGGGAAGCUGGUUGUCUGGGACAUUUACCGCCCACUGCCAUCUGCCUCCUCCUCCAUGGGCUUUCCCCAUAUCAAACCUUGCAAACUGGUUCAUUUGCAGAAGGAGGGUAUCACUGUGCUCACUACAGUUGACAGCUAUAUUGUCACAGGCGACAUUCGGGGCAACAUCAAGUUCUAUGAUCACACCCUCUCCAUUGUGAACUGGUACAGCCACUUCAAACUCAGCUCCAUAAGAUCCCUGUCCUUUUCAAAGACCCCAGCAGCUCCUCCGACCGAAAAUACAAACUAUCCUCCAGACUGCACUCUAAAAAGUGACCAUUUUGUUGUAAGGAAUUUUAUCAUCGGAACAUCAGAUGCAUCAGUGUACCACUUGACAGUAGAUGGGACUAAACUUGAGAAGUUAUUUGUUGAGCCCAGGGAUGCCAUUUGUGCCAUCUCCUGCCACCCAUACCAGCCCCUCAUUGCCAUCGGAAGUUUCUGCGGGAUGAUCAAAGUGUGGGAUUAUGAACAGAAAAAAUACCUCUUCAGCAGAGUCUUUGAGAAGGGGCUUGGAGUUCAGAGUCUGACCUACAACCCUGAAGGAGCUCUGCUUGGAGCUGGCUUCACAGAGGGGACAGUUUACAUUCUUGAUGCAAUGUCCUUAGAAAGUGCAAUCUCAGAGCCUUUCAGAUACUCCAGAAGCAGCGUGACUCAUAUCAGUUUCUCCCAUGACUCCCAGUACAUGGCGACCGCUGAUGUCAGUUUCACUGUGGCUGUUUAUGUGGUGAGAGUCAAACACAGACGAAGGGUCUGGGAAUACUUGGCAAGGCUGCGCUCUCACCGCAAGAGCAUUCGAAGUGUCCUGUUUGGGGUUCAUCUGGACAGCAACGAGCCCCGACUGCUGAGCCUCGGCAGAGACAGACUUCUGAUUGAGUACAACCUACUCAAGAGCUACAAAGAUCACCUGGCAGUCCUGGACGUUCACUGGACUGACCAGGGUAGCUACCCCACCUGCAUGGUCUGGUACCCGCCGCUCACCAAGGAGCUCUUCCUGCUCAUCUGCAACAGUAGCUACAAAGUGAAGCUUUUUAACUCCACCACAAAAAUGUGCAGGAAGACACUCCUUGGGCCAGUUUACGGAUCUCCCAUAGAGCAUAUACAAAUCCUCCCAGUGAAAUCCACUCUGGAACUGCAGAAGCGCUACAUGGUGUUCAUUAACAGAGACAAGGUUGGACUUCAGAUCUUACCAGUUGAUGGCAACCCACAUAAGACCUCUGCCCUCAUAUGCCACCCGAACGGGGUGGCUGGCAUGGCCCUCUCCUAUGACGGCUGCUAUGUCUUCACAGCAGGAGGGCAGGAUCGGUCAGUGGUGCAGUGGGAAAUCAACUUAAGUGCCCUGGAGGCAGCAGUUUCUCUCGGGGGUGAAGACCUGACCCCGUUCUACGGUCUGGUGUCUGGUGGCAGGGAAGGAAAAUUCUACAGGGAGCUGGAAGACUAUUUUUACUAUUCUCAGCUCCGUAGUCAAGGUAUCGAUACAAUGGAGACCAGAAAGGUGUCGGAACACAUCUGUCUGUCGGAGCUUCCUUUUGUCAUGAGAGCAAUUGGCUUUUACCCAUCGGAAGGGAAGAUUGAAGAUAUGUUUAACGAAAUCAGAUUUAGUGAGUAUGUGGACACUGGAAAGCUCAUCGACAAAAUCAACUUACCGGAUUUCUUAAAAGUCUACCUCAAUCAUAGGCCACCCUUCGGUAACACCAUGAGCGGCAUCCAGCAGAGCUUUGACAUUCUUGGUUUCACCAAUUCAAAGGGAGAGAAGGCUAUUCAAAGAGAGGAUUUUCUGAAUCUGCUUCAAACUAAAGGUGAGCACAUGACGGAAGAGGAGAUGACGGACUGCUUCGCCACGCUGUUUGGACUGAAUCCCGAGGGCUGGAAAUCCGAGCCUGCAGCCUCCUCUGUCAAAGGUUCUGAAAUUUGCUUAGAAGAAGAACUUCCAGACGAAAUCACUGCAGAAAUAUUCACGACUGAAAUUCUUGGCUUAACCAUUUCCCAAGAUUCUAGACAAGAUCCUAGGAUCAGUGAAGUCGAGCAGAGUUUCUGA